AUGCCUCCCCUCAGGACCGACCCAGCACUCCACACUUGCGAAUACUGUCAGCGGCGCUUCAAGAAGCAGGGGUUCCUCAACCGUCACCUGCUCCAGCGUAAGGCAACAGGCGGUGUACUCAAGUUGACAAUAGACAUGGCGAAAGGCGACGUAGCUCGGCUUCCCCCUCAGGCCAGCACACCAAAGCCCAAGGGGAGGAGGGGCCGGAAGAAGAAGGGGCAGCCGCAGGCGCAGUCGGCAACGGAGGUGAAACCCAACACCCGAGUCUUCCUCUAUCCUUUCGCCACUGGUGAGGUGGGGCGGAAGGGUGGCCCAGUCCCCACCGUCGUCAACCUCUGCACGCCAUCCCCGCCCCCGAAUGCUAAGAUGCCUGGGCCGCGAUGGCGGACGGACAACCAGCAGGCGAUACCAGGGCCCUCACACCGCGCACCACCAGAGGAAAACACUUGGUUCAACCAGCGGCCACCGCCUCUGAACCCCACUCCUCCUCUUACGAACGAAGAUUUCCUUCGCCGCCGCCGCCGAUACCACCUUACCACCGACUCCCCCAGCUUGGCUCCGAGCUUGGGUAGUGUCAGCAACAGCAGGGAGGGCAGUGUCGCGUCAGGGCAUUCGAGGUCUUCAACUUCUAGUCGCCGGUCGCGACAGAAGCGGAAGCGCCUGUACGCGGUCAACCCCAGUGCGACUCACACUCGCUUCGAAUCUAGUGACGAGGUGUGUCAUGAUAAACAGACUGCUGUUGACAAGCCUCCGCCUCUCCCCACUCCUCACGAACUUCCCAGCCCUGCCUGUAGAGACGAUUCUCAAAACGGUGACGCGUUCGAUCUCGAUGCGAUCUCCCUACCAUCCAGGCUCGGCAGCCCUUCGCCGUCCCCCAGCGUCUCACCUCACCACACCGCCUCACCUUCGCAGAGCCCCCCGCCUCCAAUCGACGAGCCUCCUUCUCAAACUCCUUCAUACUCGCAGCGCUACCCGGCCCGCUGCUCGACAUACAACUCUGGUGGUUCAGUGAAACCUGACCCCGCAACGACAUUCAGCGAUGACAGAGACGUACGGAUGGAGGACGCGGGGAAAGACGAAGAGCUAAGCGCUGUCGAGAGCCAACCCCCCGUCCGGAAGCGUCAUCGCCAUGUCAAGAGUUCUUCAGGUCCCCCAUCCGAGGCUGUGUCCAACUCGCAGUUGUCCCCCAUGUUGGUCUGCUCAACACGGCCGUCGAUGAAAGGCCGAUCAAGCCCAUCCCGUGGGAGCAUCUAUGCGUCCAUCUCCAGCGAGGAGCAACAGAGUGAGGUCGACGACAAUCGCCACCGUAAGGCGCGCCGUGGUAAGGGAAAGAGCAACUCCAGUCCCCUACCGACGGACUCCAACUUGGAGCGGGACUCUGCAACGCCCGAGUCGGCUAGAUGGAGCCAUUACAGCGAGCCACCAUCGCGUCGUCAGAGCCUCCACUCGCCUCACGCAAUCCUCAGCUCCCCGACACAUAACACGGAGCCAACCACCCCGAACGACGACGAUGGCAGCGCAGUCGAGACCUACUCGGUGCAAACAACGACGAGUGCCGCUCGCCGUCACUCGAUCGAUUUCAACGCUGCAGCCGUCUCCGAGUCACUGCAAGGAUUCCUCGAGCACGCUCAGAAGAUCCACCAGCCUGUGUUUCAUCGCUCACGCCUGGUCCCGGACAAGGCAGGACCGGUCCGGCCAACCAAUCCCCCACCGCGAGGGACGGCCCCACCGAGGAUUGUGAGCUCGGCGCCUAACGCGUCUUUGACGGUUACGGACAGGCCCCAGACCAACCACAACCCCUCCCUCUUAACGGCUGCAACGGAACGCGUCAGAGAGGAGCGGCCGCAACACUCACCGGAAGCACCAACUUCUCGUGCCCUCUCGCCCAGCAUUCCCCCCGCUCCGACGCCUGGCGCUCCACCGUUGCGAGCGGCCAUCACCUCACUAGCCAGCGCGGCUCCCAACCCCUUCCUCCGCUCCCCGACGGCGACUGACGACCACCUCAUUCAAUUGUUCAAUCUAACAUUUGGCACAACACUACACUCCAUCCUUUCUCUUUCCUCCCCCUCCUCUUCCACUUCCUCUUCCUCCCCUCAUCCAACGAUGACCUCACCCACAAAGCUAGCCUCGUGCUCGCUCCACGACCCGCGCCUAACCUCGACCCUCGUCCCCCAACUCGCGCACCGCCUAAACCUCGCCGACGCAUGGGGUAUCCUCCCCGGCUGGCAAGUGCUCGAUGUCGGCUGUGGGUCCGGCGACUCGACUCUGGCCUUUGCGCAAGCCGUGGGAUCCGAGGGCCACGUAACGGGUAUCGAUCCAGGCAGUCUGGACGAGGGCAGCCCAACACUCUCCCAGGCGCAGGGAUACAUUCUCCGGUCGCGCCUCGGACCGCGGAUUAGUUUCAAGCAGGCCGACACACCUUCCUUCCUCGCUUCUGGGGGGUCGUUUGACGCAGCAACCCUCUGCCAUUCCCUGUGGUACUUUGACUCGCGUGCCACGGUUCGACGUCUCUUCCAAGCCCUCGCCAACGGGAACGUCAAGCGCGUCCUCCUCGCAGAGUAUACUGGGGAAGCGCGGACCGAAGCGCAGGAGCCACAUGCGCUGGCCGCUCAAGUCCAAGUCCAAUUUUAUCACGCCCAAGCCCGCGGAGAGGGGGAAGGGCCCAUCUUACCCGGCGUGCGAGAGGCGCUUCGUCCCGCCGAAAUCGUACGCGAAGCCCAAGAGGCCGGAUGGCGGGUAGCGAAUGAAGGCGUCCUCCAGUCCCCAGAGGGAAUGGUAGACGGUAAACUCGCCGUCCAGGGUGUCCUCGACCCAGCGUUUACCGCCCGGCUUCUGAGUUUCGGCGUGCGCGGAACGACGGCCGAUAUGCUGGGAAUGGUCCAGGAGAUUCGGGGAAUGAAGGACGACCUGAUGCGGGAGGGCGAGGACGUGGAUACCAUGGACGUGGCUUGGGUCGUGCUCGAGAAGGCUUAG